CAGAAAAAGUGGCAGUCGUAAUAGCGAGCUGAAAGUGAACGUGAGGAAAAGUGAAAAGCAGGCUGAGAUUUAACCAUGUCGAAGAUCGGAAUUAACGGAUUUGGCCGCAUCGGCCGUCUGGUGCUGCGCGCCGCCAUCGACAAGGGCGCUUCCGUGGUGGCCGUCAACGAUCCCUUCAUCGAUGUCAACUACAUGGUCUACCUGUUCAAAUUCGACUCGACUCACGGUCGUUUCAAGGGCACCGUUGCCGCCGAGGGCGGUUUCCUGGUGGUCAACGGCCAGAAGAUCACCGUCUUCAGCGAGCGCGACCCGGCCAACAUCAACUGGGCCAGCGCCGGUGCCGAAUACGUGGUGGAGUCCACCGGUGUCUUCACCACCAUUGACAAGGCCUCCACCCACUUGAAGGGCGGCGCCAAGAAGGUCAUCAUCUCGGCCCCAUCCGCCGAUGCGCCCAUGUUCGUCUGCGGCGUCAACCUGGAGGCCUACAGCCCCGACAUGAAGGUCGUGUCCAACGCCUCGUGCACCACCAACUGCCUGGCUCCCCUGGCCAAGGUCAUCAAUGACAACUUCGAGAUCGUCGAGGGUCUGAUGACCACCGUGCACGCCACCACUGCCACCCAGAAGACCGUCGACGGUCCCUCGGGCAAACUGUGGCGCGAUGGACGUGGUGCCGCCCAGAACAUCAUCCCGGCAUCGACUGGCGCCGCCAAGGCUGUGGGCAAGGUCAUCCCCGCCCUCAACGGCAAGCUGACCGGCAUGGCCUUCCGCGUGCCCACGCCCAAUGUGUCCGUGGUGGAUCUUACCGUCCGCCUGGGCAAGGGUGCCACCUACGACGAGAUCAAGGCUAAGGUCGAGGAGGCCUCCAAGGGACCCCUGAAGGGAAUCCUGGGCUACACCGACGAGGAGGUCGUCUCCACCGACUUCCUCAGCGACACCCACUCGUCGGUGUUCGACGCCAAGGCUGGCAUUUCCCUCAACGACAAGUUCGUCAAGCUCAUCUCGUGGUACGACAACGAGUUCGGUUACUCCAACCGCGUCAUCGACCUGAUCAAGUAUAUGCAGACCAAGGAUUAAGCACUCUAAUCGUACAAAUUUGUACCACAAACCCGGGGCCCACGAGUCUGGUGGGCAGGAAUCACACUGUUAUGCAAUGCGCCCCGGUGGUUCAGCACUAUGCGCAAUUAAAUAUGCUUUUUUGGUUGGCUCCUAAAGUUACCAUUCAAAUACAAAAUAACCAUAGCUACACGAAUACAUAUAUUUAUUGUUGUUGAAUAAAGUAUCGCUCUGUUACUGUAUUUAAACGCCAGCUAUUUAAAAAAUAAAUUAUUGUGCAUAGUUGUGUA